AUGCAGGUCCUCGGAAACGGCUCGAAGGUUGACUUCCUUUGCCUUCAGCCUCUGCCGAAGCCGGAUGCCCAGCUGCAGCAGAAGUACGAUGCCAUGGGUCUGCCCGAUCCCGUGGCCUUCGCUCUCCUCACGGCACUGGGCGCCAUCAAGGAUCCCAUGGGCAUGCUGAACGAGAUGAUGAAUGCCGCGCAGGCCUUGGAGAUGCAAGAGUUGCAACGGAAGCAGGCUUCUUCAUCGUUCAAGAUGGGACCGAUCUUGGCUGGAGAGGCCUCCGAUUCAGCGGAGCUGGAGCGCUUGGCGAAGCAGGUCAAGGAAGCGGCGGAGCAGGCUCGUGCUGCAACGGUCGCCGGCGGUGUGGCCGUGGUAUCUUGCCGGAAUUAG